UCAUUGUAGUGGUUGUGUACAAUUUAAUUCACUGUAGUGACAUCAGUACCAGUAUAUUAUUAUCAUUGUCUUUGACAUACACGGUGAUCCAUUAAAUAUAAAGCGUAAUCUUUGUACAUAUAUAAAAUACUCAGCCUAGUGAUGUUACUUGAAAUUAUACAAUUUCAAAAUUGUCUUCUAGUAACGUGUCUAACACUGGAAAGACUUUAUAGAAAAGAACGGCUUACGUUAGUGGCACAAGGAGAAACACCUUGCUCAUAAUUUAAAUUCACAUAUUUAGAAAAGAGAAAGAAACGUGAAUAUUUUAUUUUUUUUUACGUUGUAAUGUCAGCAUACCACUAUAAUUUGGCCGUCAUCGGAGCUUUAAAAAAAGUAAUUAGAUCCGUCAUGUUUCGCGGCUAAAAGCACGUGGUUCCUGUUCGUACUGGUGUGGUGUAUAACAAAGGUGUCAGAUGCUUCGUAGAAAUAUCUGAAAAUGCUCAGACGAAACUUAAUAAACACGUCCCGAUAUAAAUUUCAUAAAAGAACAUUGCACAAUGAUAUUAAGAUUGAUAAAAUGAAGGAAGAGAAACAUAAUUUGAAGAAAAUCCGGAAUAUUGGAAUUUUGGCUCAUAUCGAUGCUGGAAAAACUACAACCACAGAACGUAUGUUGUAUUAUUCUGGCACUAUUGGUAAUAUGGGUGAAGUACAUCAUGGAAAUACAGUAACAGAUUACAUGGAGCAAGAGCGUGAGCGGGGUAUCACAAUUACUUCAGCGGCAGUUACAUUUUGCUGGAAAGAUCAUAGAUUUAAUUUAAUUGACACACCUGGUCACAUUGAUUUCACCAUGGGAGUGGAACAGACCCUAAAUGUCCUUGAUGGAGUAAUAGUAGUGCUGGAUGGAUCAGCUGGUGUAGAAGCUCAGACAGUAACAGUAUGGAAACAGGCAGACAGAUACAAUAUACCAAGAAUUGUCUUUGUGAACAAAAUGGAUAGACUCGAUGGGAAUUUUGACAUGAGUCUAGCAUCCAUAGAAUCAAAAUUAGAAACGGUCACUCUACCCAUUCAGCUUCCUAUUAAAGAAAAGACUGGCUUAGUUGGAAUUAUAGAUAUCAUAACCUUAGAACGUAUAAUAUUUGAUUCAAAAUCUCAAGGCAGAAAAAUGACUAAGACAAAAUUGACAGAGAGCGAAGAUGGCCACUUGUGGGAAAUAGCAAAUGAAAAGCGUAGAAUAUUGACUGACAAGCUAUCGGGACUUGAUGACGAACUAGCUAACAUUAUCAUAAAACAAGAAUCCUUGGAUGCAGUACCAUCCCAGAUACUAGUUGAUGCCAUACAUAAGAGUACAGUGAAUAGGAAAGGUGUACCUGUCUUGCUUGGUAGUGCAUACAAGAAUAUAGGAGUGCAACCAUUGAUGGACAGCGUCAUCCUCUACUUGCCAUCACCGGAUGAGAACAAAUAUACAAAAGAAUAUGAGUGUUUCGAAAAUAAUUUAUCGGCAAGAGCGUUCAAAAUCAUCCACGACAAACAACGUGGUCCAGUUACCUUCCUGAGGAUUUAUACAGGCAAGUUCACUAAAAGUCAACGAAUCUACAACGUGCAGCGUGAGAGGAGCGAACAAUCCAGCAAGCUGUACGUCGUCUAUGCCGACGACUACGAGGAAAUCGAGGAGAUCAAAUGUGGAAAUAUCGCUGCAGUAGCGGGUCUCAAGUCCACCGUCACCGGGGACUUAAUAACGAACAAUGCAAGUUCGGCAAGUCGCGCGCGAAAGAAUAUGGAAAACCGUAAAAAGGCAACUCCAAAGGAAAUCGAGAAUCUCUUCUCAACCGGUACCAGGAUACCAGAUCCAGUAUUUUUCUGUUCUAUAGAGCCGCCGUCGUUAGCUUAUCAAAAUGCACUGGAUGCUGCGCUGCAGCAACUGGAACGAGAAGAUCCGAGUCUACGUGUUAGCCAGGAUGAAGAAACAGGUCAAACUGUUCUGGCAGGAAUGGGAGAACUGCACAUAGAUAUUAUCAAGGAAAGAAUCAGAACUGAGUACAAGAUUGAUGUCGACCUCGGCCCUCUACAGAUUGCCUACAAGGAGACUAUCCAAGUAGAAGCUAAAGAUACGCACGUUUCUAAUCACAAAAUUGGCAACAGCAGUCAUAGUGUUACCGUGACUAUGUCCCUGAUACCAUUUUACGAAGGCAAGGAGAACCUUCUCUUGGACAGGUCCCAUGAAAGUGCUUCCAAUAUUGAUAAUAUUCAUCCGAGAGUGAUGCAGGCUGUUAGACAUGGCGUACAAGCGGCUAUUCUUCAUGGACCCAAACUGGGAUGUCCUGUUGUCAACAUGGGGAUUAAACUGCAUUGGCUGGAGGUUGGCAGAGGAACCUCUGACACUAUGAUAACAGCCGCUGUAUCCCAGUGCAUACGGAAGUUGAUGCAAGCAGGAGAAUCCAUUCUUAUGGAGCCGAUAAUGCAACUCGAGGUAGUCUCUCCUGACGAGUACGUAUCCAGCAUCCUGAAUGACCUGACGCGCAGAAGAGCACAAAUCCAACGCAUCGACGUGCGCGGUCAAAAUAAAGUUUUGGAAACUCUCACGCCAUUAUCGGAAUUGCUGGGCUACGCGACAGCAUUAAGAAUAAUAAGUUCAGGCACUGCAGUAUUUUCAUUGGAGUUCGAUCAUUACAAAGCAAUGAGUUCGAUGGAGGAGCAGCAGGCAAUAAAAAGAGUAACAGGCUUUUAAAGAAGGCAUGCAAAUAUAGUUGAUUAAAUUAUUUCAAUGUAAAUAUAUCAUUUCUCUUGUAAAUAAACCUCAG